UAUGUUUACUUAUAACCAAUAACAAAACAUGCUUAGGGAAAAAAUAAUAUUGCCAUCCCAUAUGCCUAGAACCACAUAAAGAGUGUGGCAUGGUGCUAGCUGGGUCAUUCACUUUCCCCCUCUUCCCAACUUUUCUUAUAAACUCUAAAUCAUAAUGAUCCUUCACCAGCUAGAAAAUCAAACCAUUCAUUUUGUUGGUGCUUCCCCUACAGGACACACAUUUCCUAGGCAUUUCUUGUGAUCAAGAGGCAAAAAUCCCUUGGGUUUUUUCCAAUGGAGAAUUUGAACCAUAUCUCCUCGACUUCAACAGGGUUUAGCUUGGGAUUAGCAUUGGUUUGUGUGUUUUUGUCAUGGAUUUUGGUCCAUAGAUGGGGCCAAAGGAACUCCAAGGGACCCAAGACAUGGCCCGUCGUUGGAUCCGCGAUCGAACAGCUCAUGAACUAUGAUAGGAUGCAUGAUUGGCUUGUGGAGUAUCUGUCUAAGGAAAGGACUGUUGUUGUGAGAAUGCCUUUUGCUUCCUAUACUUACAUUGCUGACCCUGUUAAUGUGGAGUAUGUUCUCAAGACAAACUUCCCUAAUUACCCAAAGGGUGAAGUGUACCAUUCAUAUAUGGAAGUGCUUCUUGGAGAUGGAAUAUUCAAUGCAGAUGGGGAGACAUGGAAGCAGCAAAGAAAGACAGCAAGCUUCGAGUUUGCAUCCAAAAAUCUUAGGGACUUCAGCACUGUUGUGUUCAGAGACUAUGCCCUCAAGCUCUCCAAUAUCCUAUCUCAGGCUUCCUAUUGCGGCCAUGAAGUGGACAUUCAGGAGCUACUGAUGAGAAUGACUUUAGAUUCCAUCUGCAAGGUGGGUUUUGGGGUUGAGAUAGGGACCCUCUCCAUUGAUCUCCCUGAAAAUAGCUUUGCACGAGCUUUUGACACAGCAAACAUCAUCGUCACCCUCCGUUUCAUUGAUCCAUUGUGGAGGAUCAAACGAUUCUUGCACGUAGGAUCGGAGGCACUCCUUAAACAGAGCAUUCAGCAGAUUGAUGAUUUCACAUAUUCGGUCAUUUCCAAGAGAAAAUUCGAGAUCAAAGAAGCUUGUAUAUCUGGCAACAUGAACAUCAAGCAUGAUAUAUUGUCAAGGUUCAUCAAGUUGAGUGAAGAUCCAAAUAGCAAUCUAAAUGACAAAAAUCUCCGAGACAUUGUCCUCAAUUUUGUGAUAGCUGGGCGUGACACAACAGCAACAACUCUUUCAUGGUUCAUCUACUUGAUGAUCACUCACCCUCAUGUAUCCCAAAGGCUCUACUUAGAGCUCAAAGCCUUCGAAGAGGAGAGAGCGAAGGAAGAACACGUGCCACUGGUCCAAUAUGAUCUCCAAGAUAUCCAAUCCUUCAAUGAGAGAGUGUCUCAAUUCUCCAGCCUUAUGAAUUAUGACUCCUUGGGGAGGUUAUCUUAUUUAUAUGCAGCCAUAACUGAGACACUUCGCCUCUAUCCGGCUGUUCCUCAGGAUCCAAAGGGAGUACUAGAAGAUGAUAUUUUACCUGAUGGAACACAUGUAAAAGCUGGUGGGAUGGUUACUUAUGUGCCUUACUCCAUGGGAAGAAUGGAGUACCUAUGGGGCCCUGAUGCCAAGGAUUUUAAGCCUGAGAGAUGGUUUAAAAAUGGGGUGCUUCAACAUGUUUCUCCUUUCAAAUUCACAGUUUUCCAAGCUGGUCCAAGGAUAUGCUUGGGAAAGGAUUCAGCAUACCUACAAAUGAAGAUGACAUUAGCCAUCCUAUGCAGAUUCUUCACCUUCUCUCUUGUUCCCAACCACCCUGUUAAGUAUAGGAUGAUGACCAUUUUAUCCAUGGCCCAUGGCUUGAAGAUCAAUCUCUCUAGACGCCUUUGAAUUAUAUACUAAGUCUCAAAAUUCAAAGAAGAAAUUUAGACACUCUGUUCUUUUUUUUCUUCCCUCUAUUUCUUCCUUUUUUAAAAUUUGGGCACAAAGUAAAUUACUAUUCCAAGACUCAUGUAUUAACAUGGCAUUUCGUAAAAAAGUAUGUGUAUCCAAUAAAUUGUUAGUGUGUU